GGAGGGAAACAUCUCAAACGUGCUGGAUAGCAGUCCUCGAGGACCGUAGUUGCGCACCUCAGGCGUCGUUCUGGCCAAUCCGCAGUCUACCUAUCAGCUGUCAACCUGUGGUGUCCCACGUGGUGAGGGGCGGUCUUAUAUUGAGUUGGGCGUUCAACUUUUAAUGAAGCAAACAAUUCCAUGUGCUUCAGUGCGAGUCGCACCUACGUCUUCGCAGGACACAGACACGCCUGCAACGAAGCAAGCUCCACGCUAAGAGGCACCUCUUUACACUUUUGGGACCCGCGAGCAGGCAUCUGUUGACGGCGUGACAACCUUGUGCUCCUCCGGUUCCACUACCGCAGCUCGAAAAGCCCGUGGCCGGAUGAUGUGAAUGUGUCACGCGUCGAUUAUAGUCCUCGUCGGCUUUUUAAGGAGUAUCACUUCUCACGCGUCACUCCCACAAACUUUUCCAAGUUCUAAGUAGGAUUUCAGCAUGGAUUCUUUGCGCACCUCUGCCGACGACAGCAAGUCGUCUGCGUGCCAGUGCGCACCGAAAUCCGCGGUCCACCGGUGGUCUCCCGGGAUCCCCGUGGCCAUGUGCAUGCUCAUGUCCCUGAGCUCCAUCACUGUGUGUCUGCUGAUGAGCUUCAAGACCCUCCAGUUGGAGCAGAGACUGAAGAUGGAACUGGACCGAGUUCCCACCUUCCACGCGGGGCACGGGAGUUUCCUCAACAAGGAUGGGGACCUGGUUCCGGAACUGAGCGCCUCCGUGGGGAAGCUGGUGGAAGAGAAAGUCAUGGUGCUGAUGCCAAAAAUCCGAACAACUCGAGAUGUUGGGCAAGAAUGCGCCUGUCCUCCAGGGCCUCCCGGAAAGCGUGGAAGGAUGGGAAGAAGAGGGGAACCGGGACCUCCUGGCAAAGCGGGACGGGAUGGAUACCCGGGUCCACUUGGCUUGGAUGGUAAACCAGGAAUACCGGGUCUCAAGGGAAGCCAGGGACCAGCCGGGCCCAAGGGAGAAAAGGGUGACCAAGGAGACAUUGGACCAAGGAUGGUCUAUCCAAGAUACGAUCAUGGCUUUCUCUCUGGUGACCACUCAAGCACCUUUCAGAGACGUUUUCUGAAGGGUGACCAAGGGCAGGCUGGACCUGCUGGCCCGCCAGGCCCCCCAGGUCCCCCAGGUCCCAGAGGCCCCCCUGGAAACACCGGCAAAGAUGGACCUCGUGGCCCAGCAGGAGAGCCAGGUUUUCAAGGUCGUGAUGGCAUUGAGGGACCUCAAGGAUUGCCUGGGAAGUCGGGAGAAGAUGGGGAACCUGGAUAUCCUGGACCACAGGGUCCUCCGGGGGCAAAGGGCGAGCCCGGAAUCGCAGAAAAAGGAGAGAGGGGCAUGGAUGGACUGCCAGGUUUAAAGGGCGAUAAAGGAGAAGUAGGAGAACAAGGCCCACAAGGUCCCAUGGGUUAUCCUGGUGAAAAGGGCAGUGCGGGCCACUCGGACAUCAUCGACUUCAAUGGGAAGCUUCUUGAUGCUUUCCAGGCCAUCAACACAAUCAGUAUUUCGGGCCCGCCUGGACCACCUGGCCCCCCAGGCCUUCAAGGAGAAAAGGGGGAGCUUGGUUUACCUGGUCCAGCUGGGGUAGAUGGGGAGAAGGGAUCGAGAGGUGAUGUGGGUGAGGCAGGACCACAAGGAGAAAGAGGAGAAAAGGGAGAGAUGGGCCUUUCUGGGCCUGCGGGCAUGGAUGGACAGAAAGGAGAAAAGGGAGACUGCAGAUUGGACGACAACCUGGUUCAAAUGAUUUCCCAGCCUGGCCCUCCUGGCCCACCAGGUCCACCGGGAGUUGCUGGGUCACCUGGAUCCAUGGGGCUGCAUGGAAUGCCCGGUCCAAAGGGGGAGCCAGGAAUUGGGAUAAAGGGGGAGAGAGGGGAGACCGGUUUUCCAGGACCCAAAGGAUUGGACGGCCUGCAGGGUAUACCUGGGUCUCCAGGUCUAGUGGGCCUUCCAGGGGCAAAAGGAGAAAAAGGCAGGCCAGGGGAACCUGGACUUGACGGCUUCCCAGGCCUAAUGGGUGAGAAAGGUGACAGAGGGGAACGAGGAGAUAAGGGUGACAGAGGAAGUGUAGGAAAGAGAGGACUGAAGGGUCAGAAGGGAGAGCAGGGUCCUCCAGGCCUAGACCAACCCUGUCCUGUGGUUUGUGAUGAGAAAAAAGGUCUGUCUGUGGAAGGAGCACUUUCUUCUCCUCCACCUCUUCUUCUUCCUCCUUCCGCCCCUGUGGCCCCCUGUCCUGUGGGACAUGAUGGGCUGCCAAUCCCAGGCUGCUGGCACAAGUGAUGGCUAUGACUAACCAGCAGCAUGGAAUCUGUACAUAUUGUUUUUGGUGUAUAUUGCAGCUGAUUACCAACAACUUGUCAUUUGUAUUUUUUUAAAUAAACGUUUUUAUGUAAUAUAUUGAAACAUGGACAACUCUGCAGUAUUGUAAGAACUCAAGCGAUCCAUGUUGUUGAGUUAUCAAACAUCAUGCUUCGACCAAAAAAAUAGAUAUAAUAAUGAAUUGGAAGUGGGACUCUUUCUUCGAAGGGCAGUUUGGGUGCAGUGUGCUGCAGUGUAACGGCCUUACUAACCAAGUCUGACUUCCUCGGCUUGACGGAUGCUUGAAUAGAGCUUCGCAGUGGCCGAUGAAGGAGUGUGCGUCACUCUUCUCGUCCUCUCUGUUUUCUAAAAGGAGGAGAUGGCCAGGCAGAAGCUUAAACGCAAGCGUCUCAUUCAGCCAUGAAGGCGAGCGGGAGUGCCUGCUGGGGAAAAAGACACUUUAAAGGGGCAGAGGGCACGGAGGCAAAUUGGCCUUGAUGGAGCAGAACACACCCUGCACAGCCUCCGUGUCCUACUGAACACUUGAAUCCUCCAAUACGGAAACUCUCCCGGAGGAGACGACAAAUCCACUCCCACAAUCCCCUGGAAGUUCUUGCUGACGAUGUGGUGUGACAUCACUGGCACACAGGGAAGGAUUUACAGCGCGUUAUGAUUUUAGUCAUCACUUACUUGGCAGUGUAGUGAAGACAUUCCCAAAUUAACUGCAUAAUCAUAACCAAUGUUGUGGAUGAAUAUAAUAGAAAUAAUAGAUUUUCAAGCACUCUUUUAAAGGUUUUUUUGACUGUUUUUUUUUCUCAUAAGUGGCAGUGGAAAUCUGUUUGUUACAUUUUGCAUUCCCGUGCAUUGCUGUGUUUAUUCACUGAUUUGAAGGAGCCGUUACAGUAUUCAUAGUAAAUAAAUGCAUCAUUCAGUGAGGCGAAUCAGCUUCAUCAUUUUUUUGAUUGAGUUUUUAGUUAUCCUCAAGUCUGCCAUUACCACGUGUAAUUUAGUUUGACUGAUCAUGGUCAUUUAAUCCCAGAUGAACAGGUUUGUUCUCUCUUGCUGCUGUGUGUUCCUUGUAUUUUUUUUUUUUUUUUUUUUUUAAUAUUAGUCAUUUAAACUGAUGACUGACUGACUAAAUUAUUAUUUUAUUUUGGUCAAAUGUCUACCAACUUUUUUGUUUGGAAUUCAGUUUUAUUUAGUAAUCAAACACUGGCUUUGAAUGCCGGAAAUGCUGCCUUUGUGUGGGCCGUGUUUCAACUGUCACAAAAAGGUUUUAUAAAGUAGUCCAAGCGGUCACAGGACGGUUAUUGGUUGUUUUCUUGCCCUUGCAAGGCAUUUACAGGGCCGGGAUAAAUUGUUAAGUUCGCUGGACUUAUUUUAUAUUUGCAAAGUUUCUUUAAAUGUGGCAUGAUUAUUUCAAGAUAUGGGAUAAAUACAAUUAUUUUGCUAGAUGUAUACAAAAGAGCGAUGAUACCAACAGAACUACAUUUUUUUGUAAACAGAAAAGUACAUUCGCUAUUUAAGAACAUUGGGUAAACCAACAUUUUGUUGUGCCACCGAACAGUCGGAAAUCGUUUAACUGUUAGUUGGUUAUGAUACAGAAUUGCAAUUCAGUCAUAAUAUUUCCUUGUAUGCUGCAAUAGAUGGCAAAUAGGAAGUUGAAAUGGCCCUACGAUGUUGAAUGUCACUUGUACAACUUUGACUGCAAUUUGCUGUAUAGAUGACCUACUUAUUCUGUCUUGCCUCUUGUUUUAUUUUUCUUCAUCAGCAAUAUUCAGACUGAAAUGUCACCAACGCAAAUAAUACAAACUUAAUACAUGUGUCAAAUUUCAAUUCUGAUGCAACAAAAAAAAUCAUAAAAGGAGUUGUAUGUUCAAGUCAAUUUACUUGGACAUAAACAUUGAUUUAUGUAGUUCUAUGAAAGGUUGUCUGUACAUGAAAAGUUUACCGUAACAACACAUAUAAUGCAAACAUUAUGAGAGAAUUACAAAUGUUGAACCAGUUUAAAGUCACAGUGAAGCAUAAAGUUUUUCCAUUUGACUGGAAGCUGAGUGGUUGUCUGGCAAUUAACAUAGGACUAGAAUUUGUUUUGCAAGUUGUAUCAGUUUUACGACUUAAUGGAGUAAGUAACUAGCACAAUGUCUUGUUUGGUGUUGUAGCCAAUAAUUUCACAGUAUUAGCUUCACUUUGUGUGAAUGUUUGGUUGUGUAUUUGGUUGAAACAGAAUUAAGCUAUUUUUGUAAUUAUUGUCAAAAUGUAUAACUUGGUCAAUUUAUCAUGACUGAAAUAAAUUCUGGGUUUAUGCUUUCCUUGUCCAUACAUCAUAUGCAUUUCAAUUAACUUGACAUAAAUAGAUUUUUUUUUUUUUUUUUUUGUCUCCAGCCUUACCCUCCGGCUGCAACCAUUACUAUAUUGUUUGGGUUCAUGCAGAGAAGGUCUUAAAGGUUUUGGCUUCAGUUUUCUGUUGUUUGUUGCAUGAGUGUGUUAAGACAUUUAAGAUACUAUUUUGAAUAAUCUCACACAAAUGUGCUAUGACAAGGACAUUGAAGGCAAAUGUUGAUUUCAAUUUUCCAAAUUCAUUGGAACUGUUUUCAUAUGUUCCGAUAUUGUAUAAUUGAUUAUCAAGUUAACUCCAUAACAUGUUGGCAAUAGUUUGGUCUGGAAAACUUCAUAACUGAAAAGUGACAUUACAUCACCUCUGACCACUCUGUUUUUAAUAUCAAAUAAAGCUGGUUGAAAAUGA